CUGAGAUAGAGGGAGAUGUUACAGAAACCAGCAGGUUUACUGUGCGUAAUACUUAAUUUAACUUAAUUUUAACCAUUGGGAUAAAAACAGAGAACUUAUAGCACUGAUGAUUCUUUUUAUUUGGGCAGAAUAAAAAGGAGAACGUAGACUGUUUUAUUUGCAUAGUUGAAUCAUAGAUAAAAAGGAGCUUUACAGAGCUCUACUGUAACGAGGAGUCGUAAGACGGAUGAUCCAUUUGCAGCUUUUUUUAAUAAAGACAAACUCGUAGUCGUACAGGCAAGGUCAGGGCAAAUAAACACAAUCUCAGAGAGCAGGCAGAAAUCGGAAUCGGUAAGACAGGCAGAGGGUCAGGGGCAGGCAGCAAACAAUCAGAAACGAAAACACAGAAGCAGAAACCGAAACCAGAAAAUCGCUCAGAAUGAUUGUCGAAACAGAUCAAGACUUCGCACUGGUGUCAAGUUCAAGUUCAGUCUUUAUAGGAAGCGGUUGAUGAGGAACAGGUGGUGGAGUAAUCAGAGUCAGUGGUGGAUUCUGGGAGGUGUAGUCUGUGAGAGCUAGUAUUCUGGAGACGCUUCUCGGUGUUGGUGUUCGGUGGGCGUGGGAGGUGCGCUGACCGCGACAUCUACAGAGGCUUUAUACAGAUCUGAAAGCGAAACUAUCGAACGCAGUAGAACGCAGUCACAACAAGGAAGAAGUAUAAAGAAGUGUCAAGAACUUGUAAGAAAUUUGAACUCUUCAGACUCGACAUUCCUUAAAGAUGUUUCCAGUCAGAGGGCCAAAAGAGCACAGGUUCCACAUCUUGGUCACUGGGAAUGACUUGAAUUGCCACAAGGACAUUUUGAAAAGUCUUGGUAUCAAAGACGAAGGGAUCUCCAUGGAUCAGUGUGACGUCAUCAUCGCUUUCGUUCCAAAUGUGUCUCGAGCCGGAACGGACAUUCAAGCAGCUCUUCAGAUGAUACCAGAAUCCCGGCCUGCCGUACUCGUGGUGCUCCAUCACACCUUUGAUUCGGAUUACAUUGCUCCAGACAGCAGGCGCAAUAUUGACAGGAGCAAUAUAUUCUCUGUGGACAUGCUCUUCUAUGAAAACGUGGGACUGCUGAACAGUUUCAAGAACACAAAAGCACUGGAAGAAACAACAAAGCAUUUACAAAACAUCAAGGCGAAUCGCAAUCAGAUCAUUAAUGAAUCACACGCUCUGGCGAUCUACAUUAUGAAACUCGGGAACACUUUGGGUGCUCAAAUCGGCUUCCUCGAUCGGCUGGAAAAACGCCUUAAACUCCGUCAAGUGAAUUCGAAGGAGGAGUGUGCAGUUAUCAUUGCUUUUACCUGUAUUGUAUCUCAGGCUGGGACGGACGUCGAAGCUGCUCUUGAAAACAUUCCAACUGAUAAACCUGUUCUCCUCGUGGUGUUCCAUCACACGUUUGAUGACAGUUACAUAGCUCCAGAUAGCAGGUGGAUUGUGAAAAGGGAAGGUGUUGCAGCUGUGGACGUCCUCUUUAAUGACGAUGUGGGACCGCUGGGUGGCUUGGCCAAUGACAUGGCACUGAAAUCGUCCACUGAUUAUCUGAUCUCUCUGGGUGCUUCAGAGCUCGAGCCAAUAAACAUCUGCAGAAAUUGUCACAAUUGGAAAAAUUUAGCCUUAGUUGUUCUUCUUAUUCUUGCUGUAAUAGUUUUAAUAAUAAUCCUUGUCCAUUUUAAGUUAUUCAAACCUAAAUCCAGAUAAAAUAACAAGAAAUGUAAUAUGUUUCUUAUAAUCAAGGUCACAUUACAUUAAACCACAACAACAAAGUAAAACUCUGAGUAAAAGCUAAAGAUUUUUUUGUAGCACAAAUGCAUAAAAUCUGCUUGCACCUAUUAGUUAAUAACUAGCUACACUCACUAGCCGAUCUAUUAUAUCUUACAUUGCACAGCAUCAAAUUCUUUUAGAUUAAACAGCAAUAAAAUGAGAAAAUGUGACCAGUGCAUUCAGAAGGUCUAAUUAUAAUAACUUGUAUGUAUUAAAUAAACAAUCUGAGCCAGGCUUCCAGAGCUAGUUAGGCUAGUUAGUUGGAUCAGAUAACAAAAUAUAUCAUAAAAAAUACACAUGUGGGUUUUUGUUCUCAUGCUGUCUUUUAUCUAGAUAGAUAAGGUUACCUGGUUAACUAUCUAGCAUUAUUUAAUGUAAUGUAAUGUAAUUAUUUAGUUGAAUAUAAAUUAUAGGUGAGGGUCAAUCAGCCCUAUAGCUCCCCCAGUGGUCAAUCAGAAUAUUAUAAUUAUACUGAUGGCUUACUACUCUGUGGGAUACCGAUGACUUAAUUUCUAAUUUCCUCAUCAUUCCUUAUCAUGGCCUUGACUAGUGAGCUUGGGAGCUGAUUGAGAUGCAGCUGAUGUAACCUGCAGGAAGUUGUUGAUUAGUUCACAGAAUUGUGAAGCAAUUAGAAUGUAAUAUCUCAACAAAGGAGAAGAAAUAGAGCAGAUUUUGAUCUGAGCUGGAAUUCCAAACUGGAAAUAGACUUAAAAUUACAGUCAUUUUUGCUUUUACUUCAUUUGAUCUGCUUGUAUCUGUAUAUAUAAAUAUUCACAAUAUUUUAAAGAUCUUUUCAAUUAUCGAAGCAACAAUAUACUUUUUUCAUUCAUAUUGUAAUGUUGUAAUGUGAUUUAUGGCUGUGGAAGUAAAUAAAUAAUUCAAUUUUGUCUGCA